AUGUCGAGUCCAGCCAGACAGAUGAACUCUAGGCGUCUCCCCCCAUUACCAGGGAAAGGGGGUAAAAAAGUUGGACGUAGUAGACUGCCCGUAAGCAGUCAACAACCAAAAUCUUACCAUAAAGUACCAGAUAUGAUCAUAACAGGAUAUAGUCCAAUUCCUAGUGCUCACACAGAAAACCAAUCACCAUUUUUCAACCAAGGAUCAUCCUGGUCUAUUCAUGAUCUGAACCGAGAUGCACUGUUCCAUUAUCUGAAUCAAAAUCCUGAAGUAUUAAAUAGUUAUGUAUUAUCACAAGUUAGUGAGGAGAGAAUAGAAAAAUGGUAUCUUGUUAAAAAAUCAAAACAUACUCAUCACAUCAUAGAAUCAUCAACAGAAUCAUUUAGAAUCAAUGGAGACUCAUAUCACCCAUCAGAAAACUUCAAUCAUAUAUCAAAAUGUAAGUCACAGAUCCAAUCAACUAAAGGAAAAGUGGCUAAAGUUUUAUCAAAAGAUAUCAGUCAUCCCAAUGGUAGACAUAUUGCUUUAACAGAACUGGCGAAUUGUGUAGUUAAAGCUGUGCAUGCCGAUGGAAGUAAUUUACAUUGUGUAGACUCCACGACUCAGGAACUUAUCUUAAUUGAGAGUGGUAAACCUGUGAACAAUAAACGGGAGAAAAUAUCAGAGAAAAAAACCCUGGCGACUGAAGUUGCUUUUAAAAAAGAAACUAUUCGAGUGAAAGAUGUUGUUUUAGAUGAAAGGCUUCCUUAUGGUUUAGGAAGUACCUCUAAUGAUUCAUAUUCUAUGUUAGCUUUACCUAUAAUGGAUGAAGGCUCAAAUGUUUUAGGAGUUCUGGAAAUAUUCAGGAAUUCUAAGCAUGGUCAAUUCACAGAGGGCGAGGAGGAGGUAGUAUCAUCAUUAUUAUUAUGGUCUGAUUUAAUGAUAGAUUAUAGUGAGAUUACAGGAACGAUAUUAGCGUGGGGUGGACUACUCUUACAAUAUGCAGAGAUACACUCUAUAAUGACCAAACAAAGAAAGUUGCACGAGUUUCUGUUAACCGUUACAAAAUGCAUAUUUCAAGAUAUUGUGAGCAUGGAUGGUGUCAUCAUGAAAAUAAUGAAUUAUGCCCAAAAGCUGGUUAGUGCUGACAGAGCGUCUCUGUUUUUGGUUGACAGUCAGAGACAUGAAUUGUAUGCGAGAAUUUUUGAUAUCGGUAAUGGAACAUCGCCAUCAUCUAAUGUACAACAAAGAGAAAUCAGGUCAGGACGAUAG